AUGAACAACAUCGAAACCCAUGCCAGGCCCGCAAUCUCUAAAGAGGUGGCUGCGUUGCACCCGAAGGGUUCCGAGCCAUACAAACAAAUGGUCAACGAGCAAUGGGAACUCAUGGAGGGACGUAUAACAAAGAUCAUCACCGCCUACACCGAGGAAGAGAUGCAGGAGCUGUGGUCCGAAUUUAAAAGGGAGUACUCCCGCUUCAGGAAAUUCAUCACGUAUAUGACUACAGAGUGGUUCGCAUCCUGUCCCAGGCAAUUCUUACGCUGCUACACCAAACAAUAUUUUCAUAUUGAUGAAACCACUACCUCUCGGGUCGAAGGAGCGCAUUGGACCCUCAAGAGAGACCUCCAGGUCUCAAACAAGGACCUUUUUGACGUUGUUCAAAAUAUGAAAAUAUUGUUUGGUGUAGCAGCGUAA